CAAAUCAUUUCCUCCGCACAUAAACACAAAUUUGCUUCUAUUUAGGGAAAAGACCUUCAGUCUCUCCCCUUUGUCUCUCUGGCUUCCGGCCAGCAAGGCGGCGUGCGGCGACCUUUGCAAACCAUAGAGCUGUUGGCCCGCGUGGACCUGGAGGCGGCCAGAGCGCUUAUGGCGGUGAGCACAAUAGAUGGCGAUCGUAAUUUGCAAAGGGCGGCAACGGCAGGGACGAAUGCAAUCAACGACAGUGAUGUUCACAGCAUCGUCCUGUCCUAUCUAAUUCAUAAUUGUUUCAAGGAGACAGCACAAACAUUUCUUGCUUGUACUGGGAUGAGCCAACAUGUUGAUUAUCUUCUAGAAAUGGAGAAACGAAAAACAAUUCUCCAUUAUAUAACUGAGGGGAAUGCUCUCAAAGCAACAGAACUAACAGAACAGCUAGUGCCCAACUUGCUGGAGGACAACAAAGAUCUGCACUUUGAUCUGCUUAGCCUUCACUUUAUUGACCUAGUGCGUUCAAGAAAAAUCAAUGAAGCAUUGGAAUUUGCUCAAACCAAACUCACACCAUUUGGAAACGUGGCAAAGUACGAUGAGAAGCUGGAAGAUUUUGCCACGCUGUUGACUUACGAGGAGCCUGAGAAAUCUCCAAUAUUUUAUCCUCUAAGCCCAGAGUAUCGAGAAAAUAUCACAGAUAAUCUGAAUAGGGCUAUCCUAGUUCAUGCAAAUCUCCCAAGCUAUUCUUCCAUGGAGAGAUUGAUACAGCAAGCAACUGUGGUUGGACAGUAUCUACAUGAAGAACUCGGCAAGGAUGGUCCUCCGUCGUUUUCUUUACAUGCUUUUCUGAAUAACUAGUCAUGAACAGAAAGAACAUCGUCGUAGUAGGAAGCAUCAGAAUUUCCAUUGCCGCAUGUGCUAGAAUUGUUUGCAACCUUUGCAUUUGGUCGUAUCCGAGUACUGUUAAACUAUAUGUAAAUUACUAAUUGCUUGACGAAAAUGCGCGGCUCUAGUGCUGCUUGUAGGAUUUAUCAUUGGAAUUUUCUUUGUUCCAUUAUCUAUCUAUUUCAGUAGCUUGUCGAGGUUGAUGAAAUGUAAUCCUCAUUUCCUUCUGAAACAUUAGCGCAACUAUUUGUUAGUCUAUUGUAAUAUCAAUAAUAGCAUAUUUAUUUA